AUGGCAGAUCAUCAACUUUUUCCGCCGGACGACCCAGAAGAAGCAGAGGAGGCGCUCUCUCUCUGUGACCUCCCGCUCCACGGCGGGCCCGAAAUGGAGAAUCCUGGUAACUUCCCCACCCACCACCGCCGAUCGUCAUCUGAUGUGUCGGAGUUCUUCGAGUUCUCCAGCAACUUUGGCUCCGACAUGUGCUCCGCAGACGACGUCAUAGUCUGCGGCAAGCUCGCGCCUUUCUCCUCCAAGCAAUCUGCGACGAAGACGACUCCUCAGGCGACAGAGGACGGCGAAGAAAGCAAGCUAAAACUUGUGUUCCGGCGGCGAUCGGAGUCGCUGUCCAAGUUGCAGGGCUCCGUGGCCAGAUCAAACAGUGCCAAGUCCAACCUCAUCAGGAAUUGCAAGUCGCUCGAUUACGGCAAGCUGAAGCCGAACCAGUCGUCUCUGGUGCUUCAUUCGCACGAAGCGACAAGUGAUUUGCCCGCGAGAAGCGUAGCGAGAUCGGAUUCGCUGGCCAAGACGGCUCCAGCUUCGAGGCCGCGGUGGUACGUGCUCACUUUCGGGCAGGUGAAGUCGGCGGCGGAGAUGGAGCUCCGGGACAUGAAGAGCCGGCUGUUCCGGCGGAGCCCAUCGGCGAUGCUGUUCCCGGCACCAGGAGACUCCGGGGAGGGGAAGGCUCAGCGGAGCACGGGCGCCGGGAAGGUGACGUGGAAGGUGCUGAGAGUGCUGAGCUGCAAGGGCCAUGCAAGCGUCGCGGUGACCGCGCCUUUCGGACAGACACAGUUGGCAAAAAUACGCAGCGCAGAAUUGAAGUAA